UGCCCUGUGAUUGCACAACGGCCACGCGAGGGAAUCCCGGCAGCUGAUUGGACAAUGCUGGUUUUAUGACGUCACACGGAAUGUUCAGCGGUGCCAGUUUAUAACGUGCGGAGAGAAUCGUUGCUUCUAAUCACAGCUGUUGUGGGAUCUGCGCAUGUCGAGGACCCAAACACACAACGAUAUGUCACUACAUGAAAACACAAUGGACAGAGUGCCUGGGGAGAGAUCAGAAAGCACAGACAGCAGACAGAGACACAGACUGUAUCCAUCACUGCCCAACAUAGACAGGUACGAGGUUUGUGUGGCGGACCCCUCCACCGGGGACAAGCGUCCCACAGCUGCAGUUUAUCACACCGACCGUCUGCUGGAAGCCACCCAGUCGGACGCUGCCAGGAGUGACGUCCGAAUGAAAGCACAGAUACUUAUCUUGGAGGAGCAAAGGCAGGAGCUUCUUUGCAUUAAUGAGAGAUGGGCAAAAGAGUACCGCACCAUGUUACGGUACUACAAAGAAAAGGUCCAAGGUUUAAAAGCAUCCCUGCAACAUGAGCGCUCUGAAGAGGAGAUGUGUGAAGGAGGAAAAAAGACACCUUGUACAAGAGAGUCAAAAGAUAAAGAGAGCACACAGACUGUUGAUGGGUUACAAAAAGCAGAAAAGGAGGCAAAGGAGCUGCGAGCACAAAACACCACUUUGACCCGAAGAGGGCAGCAUCAGCAUGAGGAGAUCAUACGACUAAACAAGGCUCUAGAUGAGGCACUCCAAACUACUCAGCCUCUUGAUGUGAGCAGUGAAACACUACAGGUCUGGAAACAGCAGGCCGAAGUCUACAAGGAAGACUUUUUGAAGGAGCGGAAAGACAGGGUGAAGCUGAAGGAGAAGUAUUUGGAACAAGAGAAGAAGUUUCAGAAAGUUUACCGUGAGCUACAUGUCCUCAAAUGUCAGUUGACUCGGACACCGCCGUCUGCACUUGAAUGCACCUGCACAAAUCGGGCAACAAACUGGGAGGUUCGCCGGAUUAAUCAGCACCUCAUCCAGCUACAAAGACGUUGAAAAAAAGAGCAAAAUACAACAGCAUCCUUGCUCUUUAUGUGAUAAUGUAUGUUGCCUGUCACAGAUUACAGUUAAUCAUUAGCAGGGUGAGACUUUGCUGCUAGUUUGUCACACAGGACAACAUCAAGGAGGUUAGCUCUGUUCUGUUCCAGUCCAUGGCCAACCGUCUGCUGCAGGUUCAGCUUUGUGUAACGAAGCCAAUCCACCAGCCUGGGCCAUUACCAGACUUAGGAAGCAAACAUAAAAAGACAUUUAAACAGCCUGUGAAAAAGAAAUGCAAUCCCGUCGUAUAAACAGGUCCUGAGAGGAGCAAAGCAGAGUGAAAUAAAUAAUUCCACCUAUCGUGUGCAAAGUUUGCAAUGUAAGCCAUUGUGAGCUUUCUCAGUUCCUGCCACUCUUGUGUCCAAGAUAGAAAGUGAGAGAGAUAUUAUUGCACUGCCCAUAACACUAGUUUCUCCAACAAAGGUGCAACAUGAAUAAAUUGAAUGUUCUUUCUGUUUCAAGUACUUGUAACCACAGUGUGCCCGGUACAGAUGGGAGAUAAUUCCAAGGAAAAACAAAGCAUCAUCAUAGUGGUCGGCUCUUCUCCUGCUGUGCAUCAGAGCUGAAUGCUGAAACUAUUAGACGUACACAGGCAUACCGUCAUCUGUCAGGAGGAAUUCAAAAAUGCGAGUCAUGUUGUGACGACAAGGGCUGUAAUUGAUUCGACUAGCUAUAAAGCACCUCUGUGGUAUGAGGACACUUUAAGGACAGGAAGAACGAGCACCAUGUUGCCAAGUUGUACUUAUUCAUUCAGUAUUAGUUCAAUUGCACCUGAGGCCUGUCAGAGAAAAAAAAAAAAAGAGGUUAUGACAAAAAGAAAAAAAGGCAUAGGAGCAUUUUUUGUACUGUAUACCAUAUGUAUGAAUGUUUGAAGGAAUUUGUUAUUGGUUUUUCUGUUUUUUGUUUAUUUAUCAUGAAAAUAAAGCAUCACGGUGAUA